UAUGAUUAUAAUUAAACCGAUCGAAAAUGGCAAACCUAUCGUCCUCCUUCUUCAUCUUUACUCUUCUUUCUCUCUCCUCAUUUUUGUUAGUCUCCUCUGAUCAAUCACAAUCACCUUCCAUUGCUUGCAAAUCCACUCCCUACCCAAAACUCUGUCGUUCCAUUCUAUCAACCUUUCGUUUUUCAUCGUCGGAUCCAUACGACUACGGCAAGUUCUCCGUUAAACAAUGCCUUAAACAAACACAUAGAUUAUCCAAAGCCAUUAAUUACUACUUAACUCACGAUAAGUAUCGUUCAAAACUGAGUCGCGAAGAGAUUGGCGCUUUAACGGAUUGCCAUGAGCUAACUCAACUCAGUGUGGAUUAUUUGGAAACUAUAUCUACCGAGUUGCAAGCAGCUGCGUCGUUAAGCGGUGAGUUGGUGGAGCGAGUCACGAGUUUACUGAGUGGGGUAGUGACUAACCAGGAUACUUGCUUUGAUGGGUUGGUGGAUUCUAAGAGUAGCAUUGCUGGUGGAUUGUAUAAUCCUAUCGCUAAUGUUAGUGACCUGUAUAGUGUUUCUCUUGGACUGGUCACGCAUGCACUGGAUAGAAAUCUCAAGAAAAAUAAAAGGAGCAAAAAUCAACGGUCAGUUUUCUCAAAGAAAGGAGUUCGUGAGCCGCUGGAUUCUCUUAUCAAGGCUUUACAUAAAACUAAAAGUUCAUGCCACAAGUCUGGUGGUUCCGAUUGCCGGAAGAAAGUUGGUCGGAAUCUUGCCGACACAGAGUCAGGUGGGAUUCUCAUAAAUGAUACAGUGAUCGUCAGCCCUUACGGCGAUUACAACUUCACAUCGAUUGGAGACGCAAUAGCUAUAGCACCCAACAAUUCAAAGCAAGAAGAUGGGUAUUUUGUAAUAUAUGCAAGAGAAGGAUACUACGAGGAGUAUGUUGUUGUGCCCAAAUAUAAGAAGAAUAUAUUGCUCAUCGGCGAUGGAAUUAAUCGUACCGUUAUUACAGGAAACCAUAGUGUCGUAGAUGGCUGGACUACUUAUAAUUCUUCAACCUUUGCGGUUUCCGGAGAGCGAUUUAUUGCCGUGGACAUUACAUUCAGAAACACAGCCGGACCGGCGAAGCAUCAAGCAGUAGCAGUAAGAAAUAACGCCGAUCUCUCCACAUUUUAUCGCUGCAGUUUUGAAGGCUAUCAAGACACUCUUUACGUACACUCCCUAAGGCAAUUCUACAGAGAAUGCGAUAUAUACGGGACAGUAGAUUUCAUCUUCGGCAACGCAGCUGCUGUAUUUCAGAGCUGCAAUUUGUACACUCGAAAACCAUUACCCAACCAGAAGAAUGCUAUAACAGCGCAAGGCCGAACGGACCCCAAUCAAAACACAGGCAUCUCUAUUCACAAUUGCACCAUUGAAGCUGCACCGGACUUGGCAAUGGAGGUGAACUCGUCGACGUUAAAUUAUCUGGGCAGGCCUUGGAAAGAAUACUCGAGAACUGUAUAUAUGGAGUCGUACAUUGGCGAUCUGAUAGAUAAGAAUGGAUGGCUCGCAUGGAACGGGACGGUUGGAUUGGACACGCUCUAUUAUGGUGAGUUUGAUAAUUAUGGACCUGGUGCUAAUACUAGUUUGCGAGUACAGUGGGGAGGUUAUAGUAUUAUGAAUGUUUCAGAAGCUGUCAAUUUCACUGUGUAUAACUUCACUAUGGGAGAUACUUGGUUGCCUAACACAGAUAUACCCUUUUAUGGAGGAUUACUCUUUUCAGAUUAGUGUAUAAGAUGAUGUGGUUAAGGUUAUCUCUGCAGAAUUAAUUCUGUUUUUGUAUUUUCUGAUGAGAUAUUGGUUUUUCUUGUAAUUCCAUGACAAUUAUUUUUAAAUGUAAGCCUAGCUAGUUGAGAAA